AAUCCCUAACUAGUCGCGCGACCAUAUUUCCUUAGUCACACGACUCACACCGUUGAAGUGUGUCAUUUGGUGGAGAACUUCGUCUCUACGACAUCACGAGUGUUGGUGAAGAUCUUUGUGUUUUCUGCCCUAUCCUUAAUCAUGGAUCCUUCUCAAGAUCCUCUAGAUUCAUUGUACUCUUAUUUAAUCGAUCCAGAUUCGUGCUGGCAGGGUCCAUACGAAGCCUCGACAGUCCAAGAUACAGACACAUUCAACGACCAAUUAUUCUCACCAUUCGCAUUCGAAACCGAAUUUGACCCGCCAGUGCAUCGCCCUCAUAUCAACAUCUCGGAGUACAUCGAAACCGUCGAUCAAGAUAUCGCAGUGUCAAGUGUUUAUCGUACGGCUUUGAACGAAUCUUCAAAUCUUAGCACCGUCCAAGAUGUCGACGCCAUCUCGUUUACACCUUCCACUCCGCUUACGCCGCCCUACGAUGCGUGGACAGAUUGGCUGGAAGCUCCGGCUGCCGAUCUUUCGGCAAACACACCACCAUAUUCUCCGAUUGCAGAUCCGCCUACGCAAUCCGAAGAAUCAAAUUUCAUAUGCCAGUCUUGUCCAGAAUACUUUCACCGCCGUUGCGAUCUCAACAAGCACAUCAAUCGAAAACACAAUAAGCGUGCUAAGUGCCCGUACGAGGGCUGCGCGCAGAAGCCGUUUGGUUUCGAGGCGGACCUACAGCGACACAUUGUAGCAAAACACAGCGCUGAAAGGAAACCUGAGAUCGAGUGUGUGAUUCACGAUUGCGUAGAGAAGUUUUCAAGGAAAGACAACAUGCUGAGACAUGUGAAGAAGAAACAUCCUGGAAAUGAGCCUUCGCGCUGAUGUUGGAACAGGAGCACUUUGCGACGAACUUUUUUACUUAAUUCUAUAGGAACUAGCUGGACUAGAGCCUGGUAGUACUAGAAGCUAGCUGGACUAGAUU